GCAUCCUGCCUGUGAGUAACCUGUGCUUCACUUCGUGUCGCACUGCCUCACUGUGGAGUCUCACGUAUGGACACUAAGGAGCACCAUGAACAUCGAAGUGCACAACAUCACUUACACCAGCGCCACUGUCUCCUGGGCCAUGAACAACCCCUGUCCAGAGAACUACUACCAUGUCAUGUACCGCCCCAACUGGAACAGCAUCUUUGCUGGCUAUUUACGCCAGAACUUCCACCGUGAGGAGCGAGUUCCUCACCCCCUCAGCUCCCUCGUCCUCCACCGACUCACACCAUCCACCAUCUAUGUUCUCUGCAUCACAUGCAAGAACUCUUACCCCUCCGGCAACCACUGCACCACCUUUCACACUCUGGACAAAACCCCUCUGAUUUUCGGCGGCUCUAAGCAUGAAUCUACCACCUCCAUAUGGAUGGUGAGCAGCCUGCUGCUCCUCUGCUUCACUGCUCUCCUGGCCUAUGGCUGCCUGCAGUUCUGGUCUUCACGGUGCCACCGGGCUGUGAGGCUGAAGCAUCCCAAUACUAGCUCUGAAGAAGGGAGCAGCUCACUGGAGAGGCCGCUGGAUGAUGGACUGAGAGAGGAGUUUCUGGAAGUCCCCAUGACCACUGUGCUAAUGAGGGGCUCCAGCUUCAUGAGGGAGAGCCCAUACAGCUCCCCCCACAGCUUUUUUUCCUAUAAAACCAGUGAUGAUAAAAGGGCCAUCUUGCCACAGCAUGGCCUUCAAUGAGAGCAAAAUAAAGGGAGAUCCUGCUUGGAGAGCCCUGCUUGGUUCACACUGCUCUUUCCCAGCUCUUCCCAACAGGAUUCUGUGAUUCUGUGAUUGUCUGUGUGUCCAUGGGGACUUUUUGU